AUGCAUUGGCAUUUGAGCAGCAGGAUAGACAGGAGCUGGGGGAGGGACAGGGGCAGGAGGAGGGGGCAGGAGCAGGAGCAGGAGCAGGGUGAUAGCCACCAAAUCCUGGAGGAUAGACAGGGGCAGGGGCAGGAGCAGGAGCAGGAAAAUAGCCAAAGCCUGGAGGAUAGACAGGGGCAGGAGCAGGAGCAGGAGGAAAAUAGCCAAAGCCUGGAGCAGGUGGGGGUGGUGCAUAUGAGGAAUAUUCUGAAUAAGAUAUGUCAGCAACGGUCGAAGUUUUCAAUCAAAAUACACAUACCAUAUGGGGAGCAUCUGGUGCUACAGGGGCAGGAUCAUUUUGCGGUAGACGUCGCGCAGGAGCAACAAAAUCGAAAAAAUGAGGCAAAAUAUAGCAAUGGACAGGAUAGAAACACCACUGCAGCAAAAUUAGUCGAUGAAGACAUGAGAGAUGCGUUAUAUGCACAUAGGUUGGAAUCCAAGAAAGAUCGCAUCAGGAAAUUGACGUAUGACAGUGCUGAAGACAACAAAAAUGCUGUCCGAGAUAUUAUCCCAGGGGAUAGGAAGGCAACUUCUUUGACAACUGCAAAAGACGCCCGCAAGACUCCUCACACAUUCGUCUUGUAUACCCAAUUUCCCCAGUUCUCCGUGGGAUUCGGGCACAGAAACAAACAACAAACACACCACACGAACCUGCUCUCCAAAAGGGUCCAGGGGAGGUCCAAAGGGUCCAGGAGGGUCCAGGGGUCCAAGGGAGGUCCAAACACGGUCCAAAUGGUCCAAAAUGCGGUCCAAAAACAGCAGAAAAGCGAAAUCACUAUAUUUAUUUGA